AUGGAAAUCAGAGUUGUUGAUCAUCAAGGGAGUAGUACCGACGAAGAUAUCGAAAAGCCACUUCUAGAACAAGAGAAAGACUUUCCCGAUGUAGAAAGAACAACAUGGAUACAAAAGGCAAUAAGUCAAACGUUUCAAACCACAGCUCAUUUAGCUAAUCUCUUACCAACAGGGACCGUUCUCGCGUUCCAACUCUUGUCCCCAGUUUUCUCAAACGGCGGUCAAUGCGAUUUAGCUAGCAGGUUCAUGACAUCAAUCCUAGUGGCAAUAUGUGGAUUCUCUUGUUUCAUUCUUAGCUUCACAGAUUCUUACAAAGACACAAACGGCACUAUUUGCUACGGAUUUGCAACAGUCCAUGGGUUUUGGAUCAUUGAUGGUUCCGCGACGCUUCCUCAUGAGUUAGCUAAAAAAUAUAAACUAAGAUUUAUAGAUUUUGCUCAUGCUUUCAUGUCGUUAUUGGUGUUUGUUGCGGUGGUUUUAUUCGAUCGGAAUACGGUGAACUGUUUUUUUCCGGCCCCCUCAGCGGAAGAGUUGGAGGUUCUCACGGCGUUGCCGGUAGGCGUAGGGGUGUUUUGUAGUAUGUUGUUUGCAACAUUUCCUACAACACGCAAUGGUAUUGGUUUUCCAGUUCCGGGUAAUAAAUAAUUUUAUUAUGUUGUUAUUUAUUUGUAAUUUGAUCGACAUAUGUAACUCGUUGAUCAUGAUUCUUUUUUUUUUCUUGAUGAUCUCGUAAAAAGACUUGUUACA